CCAGUACUACAGCGUUCUGAACGAUGUCGAUCCCACAAAAGACACGCGAGUACCGCCUGCCCAAGGUCGACGGCUUCCAUAACCUUACCUUGACGGAGGCGCCGUUACCGAAGCUGAAGUCGACCGAGGUGCUUCUGAAGGUCCAUGCCGUCUCCCUCCAGUAUCGCGACCUAAUCGUGGCCAAGGGCACGUACCCGCUCGGCCAGAAGGAGAACCCCGUCCCAGGCUCCGACAUGGCCGGCGAGAUCGUCGCCAUCGGGGAGGACGUCAAGGGAUGGAAGGUCGGCGAGCGCGUGUCGCCCAACUUCGCGGUCGACCACGUCUUCGGGGACCCGACGGCGGAGAUCAAGGCGACCGGCUUGGGCGCGCCGAUCGACGGAGUGUUGACCGAGUACAAGAUCGUUCCUGCACACUCUCUCGUGCGCAUCCCUGAACAUCUGAGCUACGAGGAGGCGUCAACCCUUCCAUGUGCCGCCCUCACCGCCUACAAUGCCCUCCUCGGUGGCAAUCCCGUCUUGAAGGGCGGCGACUUCGUCCUGGUCCAAGGUACCGGAGGCGUCUCGAUCUUCGGUCUGCAAAUCGCCGUCGCCUCGGGUGCUACCGUCAUCGCCACGUCGUCCUCGGACAAGAAGCUCGAGACGGCGAAGAAGCUCGGCGCCAAGUACGUGAUCAACUACAAGAAGACGCCGAACUGGGAGGAGGAGGUCCUCAAGAUCACGAACGGCCGCGGCGUCGACCACGUCCUCGAGGUCGGUGGCCCGGGUACGAUCCUCAAGUCCGUGGAGGCGGUGAGGUACGCCGGCAAUGUGGCCGUCAUCGGCUUCGUGGCAGGGCAAGCGGACACCAGUCAGUUGCCCUUGCUCGUACUCGGCAAGGCUAUCAACAUGCGCGGCGUCCUCAUCGGCUCUCGUCAACAGUUCGAAGAGAUGAAUCGGCUGAUCGAGGCGGUCAAGCUGAAGCCUGUUGUGGACAAGGUUUUCAACUUCGAGCAUGCCCGGGACGCUUAUGAGUACCAGGACAGUCAGCAGCACGUCGGGAAGGUUGUCAUCAAGGUGUCUAAAGACUAAGGAGUUCGACGGUACCGCAUGUAUGUACUUGUACGCAGUUGAAACGCACGUUUGUCGGCAGCUACCUCCUUGAUGAAUGCUGCGUCGUCAUCGUGGAGCUAGUAGAGAAACUGUUCACGACGAGAGUGGAUCAUGUUCGCAACGAGGCAGCGUUCCAACAUGAAUGUAGAAGACUCGAGCUGACAUCUGGGCCCAUUCUCGGGUUGACACACGGGAAUACUAGGCCGUGGUCACCCCACGAUGACGUGAGAUCG